GGAAAUCCGUUAACCGUUAGCCGAAUCCGAUUACCCGGUUGCCGUUACGUUUAGUUCCAUUAUAUCCGUUAUCCGUUACCGAUAAUGUAGCGGUUAAUUUUAUCCGACGGUGACGGCAACGAAAGACCUAUUUCCGUUAGCCUUAGUUCCGUUAACCGCUAACGUGUGCCUAGCACGUGUAACAUUCAUCUAUACCUAGGUUACUAUACUCGAAUGAACAUCAUUUUCAUCUUCUUCUGUUCUUCAACUCACAAACGAGAGAAGAAAAACUCACCCCUCAGUCGAUUAGAAAACUAGGGUCAUCUCCUUCCUUUCAAUUCGAGCAAAAUCAUCAUCUUCAUUCGAUUAGAAAACUAGGGUUAUCUUGUACUUUUUAUUUCGAGUUUAAUUUCAAUCCUAAAAACUAAAUUUUCAAUUUAGGGUUUCUGAAAAUUGAAAUUAGGGUUUUCAAUUCGUGAAAUUAAUCAUGACCCAAAGCGAAAGAGAAGCAUCCAAUUGCGUUGGUUCAUCAAAAAGAAGUCAUCCCUCUCAAUCACUUUCAGUUGCAUCUGAAUUACCUUCUGCAUCUCAAGUUCAACAAUCAGGAAUUCAAUCAACACCUGCUGCUGUUGCAACAGAAGAAGCAGUAGAAGAAAUAGAAGUAGAUGAAGAUCCAAUUAUAGCUGAAGCAAAGAAGAAACUGCGUGCAGUAAGGUCUGAUGUUUGGGAUGAUUUUGAAAGGUUAACUGAAAAGAAGAUGGUAAAAGGUAAGGAGAUUGGGAUACUUGUAGCUAAAUGCAAACAUUGUAAUAAGAGAAUGACUUCACCCAGUAGCCAAGGAACCAGCAAAUUGCAUUACCAUGCCAAAACUUGCCAAAAAAAGCCUGCAAACAAGAAAGGACAAACAAAGAUUACUACAGUCAGAACAGAAGUUGAGGACUAAGGAGGAAUGCAGUUGGCAUUGGCAGUGGAG